UUUCGAUAAUUACACUGACACUUUGUUUAAAAAUAUAAUCAACCUGGUCCAUGCAUGGUAAAUGAUAAACAUGAUUCAGGAAGAAAGUGAUGUUGAUGUCUCUUUUAAAGAUUUAGGAGUUGUGGAUGUACUAGCUGAAGCUUGUGAGAGGCUGAAAUGGACACGUCCAUCCAAGAUUCAGAAGGAAGCUAUUCCUCUUGCAUUAGAAGGGAAAGAUGUUAUUGGGCUGGCUGAGACUGGUUCAGGAAAAACUGGUGCGUUUGCACUGCCCAUCCUUCAGGCUCUUCUUGACAAGCCUCAGAGGUUAUUUGCCCUUGUCCUGACCCCCACAAGAGAGCUGGCCUAUCAGAUCUCCGAACAGUUUUCAGCAUUAGGUGCUACUAUCGGAAUUAAGUGUGCUGUGAUUGUUGGAGGUAUUGACAUGUUUGAUCAAGCCCUGAUGUUAGCCAAAAAGCCACAUGUUAUCAUUGCUACACCUGGAAGGCUUGUUGAUCAUUUAGAAAACACAAAAGGCUUUAGUUUGAGAUCUUUAAAAUAUUUGGUUAUGGAUGAAGCGGAUAGAAUUUUGAACAUGGAUUUUGAGCAAGAGGUGGAUAAAAUUUUAAAAGUUAUCCCUAAAGAAAGAAGGACCUUUCUGUUUUCAGCUACCAUGACUAAAAAGGUCCAAAAGCUUCAGCGUGCCUGUUUAAGUAAUCCAGCUAAAGUAGAAAUCAACAACAAAUACAAAACUGUGGACAAUUUGGUACAGAGCUACUUGUUUAUCCCUGUCAAGUAUAAGGAUGUGUACCUGGUGCAUAUACUGAACGAGUUGGCUGGGAACACAUUUAUUAUUUUCUCUAGUACAUGCAACAACACACAGAGGCUGGCUAUCAUGCUGAGGAAUCUUGGGUUUAAAGCCAUCCCACUCAAUGGGCAACUCUCACAGGAAAAAAGACUUGGAGCCUUGAAUAAAUUCAAAAGCAAAAGCAGCUCAAUUUUGAUAGCCACUGAUGUUGCAAGCAGAGGUCUUGAUAUACCUCAUGUUGACGUUGUGAUCAACUUUGAUAUCCCCACACACUCUAAAGACUACAUCCAUCGGGUGGGCAGGACAGCUAGGGCUGGAAGGGCAGGCAAAGCUAUCACAUUUGUCACUCAGUACGAAGUUGAACUGUAUAAGAGAAUUGAGGAGCUUAUUAAAAAGCAGUUGCCCCUUUAUCAAACUGAAGAAGAAGAAGUCAUGCAAUUGGUAGAAAGAGUUAGUGAAGCCCAGAGAUACACCAAAAUUGAGAUGAAAGACGCUGAAGAAAAAAGAAAAGCCGCAAAGAAAAAUAAAAGAGCGCAUGAGGAUGAUGAUACAGAAGAAUCCAGUGGUGUUAGGAAGAAAUUUAAAAAUAAAAGAAAACAUUAAUAGCCUUGUAUAAAUUUUGCUGGUUCUUUUAAUAAUAAAUUAUUGUGUACUUGUAAAUGG